GUCAAUUUAGCUUAUGUAAUCAAAAUGGCGACUGCAAUUGUAGUCUGUGCAAGAAACAUAACUACCAAAGCCCUGCAGUUACGACCAGCAGUGGCUAUUUCUAAGGUAUGUGACAUUUAAUCGAAACAAUGAUGGUCUGGUUGUAUCAUGAGGCGGCUGAUCUUGUCGUAACAGCAAGAAACUUUGUCAUAGUAUUUUCCGUGUCGAGCGUACCUCCAGGGACGUCAAAGGUUUUACACAGUUUUGCGUCAUUGAUCACCACUAAAUGUGAUCGAGGACAUACUUCCUUCAUAUUUUAUAGUGUGUAAGAUUAUUUCGAUCCUUUAACAGUUUGUCUAUCGUAUAGGCAACGAUGAAGGGUACUCAAUUCGAUCAUCCGGCGUUCGUAAGAGUUUAAGCUUGUUUCGUUUCUCUCUGUCUCCAUAUUUCAUAAAUGUAUCAAGAGCGUUUAAGCUUUUUCUCCAGAUUAAUCUCCAAAAUAACUAUUUUUCCCUCACAAAAAACUACAUCGCUGUUCGCGGCUCUAGAUAAUUAUGUAUCUUAACUGUCUUACAUCAAUAAGAACUACAGCACUACACACUGGAGUAAUAUUACUGGUAAAGCGGCGAUGAUGCAAUAAUUAACCUUUCUAUAUGACUGAAUUUCCUUUUUUUAUUUGAAAUCUUACAAUCGAAACGAUUAUUACUAGUAUUUCUAAAUUCAGAGUAUAACAAUCGAUAUGAGACUUUUAGAAAAGAAGAUACACAGUCGUUUCAACAAAACCAAAGACAAUGAAACCAGUUUGUACCUCUGACAAUAACAGACUGCAUGUUUGUGAGCCCUUUGCACCCUAACAUCACUAUGCACAUUCUCCAUACUGUUCUUUAUGCAUUUCAUAUGUUAUUGAUAAGGAGAAUUUGUUAAACAUGUAAGAGCUUUUUAAAUUUUUUUGUUUAUUUCCUGUAUUCUCCUAACAUUAAUUAAUGCUUGAUUCAAUUGUGAUAAUGUAAAGAGAAAUUAUAUGCUACUCACUCUAAGGAAUUAAAGGGUUGAAAAGCCAUGAUUCCUCUCAUGGAUACCAAAGACAUGGCCCUGGGACCGCACAUUAACUGAUUGUGAUCUUCAGAUAGAUUCAUUGAAUUAAUUAAAAGUAAAUGUGUAAUGUAGGGUACUUUAGUAUUAACAACUGUAAAUUGGCCUCGGUAAAGCGUUUCAAAGCUGACGUUUCAAGUGGUAGCUGUUCACCUUCGCUCUGACAAAGGGCUAACAAUUGAAACAUCAGCUUUGAAACUCUUUACAGGGGCCAAUUGACAUUAUCAACUCUGUGAAUAAUACUAAAUCACUCUGUUAUACUCUCCCACCGAUGCACCACCACAGUUUCUAUAGAAACUUACCUCCUUUAUUCAAAUUUGUAAUGUGCUGUGUUGAUUCUGCAGAUUCUGGUGCGAGAUGCUACAUCAGCUAGUGACAGUCCUCGAAUGAAAACAUUUUCUGUUUAUCGUUGGGUAAGUAUCCAAAGUAGUUUUGCUACUGACAGUAAAUCAGUUCUCAUUUGUUUUUAAUUGCACAGUGGGUUGCAAACAGAAUAAAUAAUAAACUGUUUUUAAAGGAUCACAACAUUGUACCAAUUAGACCAAGAUCAUACAAAUGUUUUAGUGGGGUAAAUAAUGAUAGCUGGUUUUUCACAUUUCUCAUUCAUAUCUAGGAUCCAGACAAGCCUGGUGACAAACCUAGGAUGCAGGAAUAUCAAGUUGAUCUAAACCGGUAUGUCAUUUAAAAUACAUGUUUUAUGAGAGAAAAUGGUCUGGUUGUCUGGGUGAGUGAAGUCCUGAGAAGAAGUGUUGUUGGUUUGUGACUUACAUUUUGACAAACUUAGUGGAUUAAAUUAUUGUUUAUACAUUCAUUUCUUUCAACAUCAGACAUGGUUUGAUGCUACUCUGGUUUACAGAUUUAAUGAAUGUAACCAAAGAAGUUACAAUUCAUAAACCCAAUGUUUCUUCAACAUUUUCUUUCAACAUGUUAUGAAAAUUGUCUUCUGUGUGGUAGUAAGUUACCGUAGAUAUAAAUGUACAUCCUUAACUGGUCUAUAUUAAGAUUGAAGGCAAUACUACUGUUAGUACAACAUUGACCAAAUCAAGAAAAGUUUACAAUAAAGCAAUCAAUUUUCACUGAGUUUUGUCAUAUCUGGGAAAACUUGUUUUCAGAUGUGGUCCAAUGGUCCUUGAUGCAUUGAUAAAGAUAAAAAAUGAAGAUGAUCCAACACUGACAUUCAGGAGAUCAUGUAGAGAAGGUACUUGUCACAGUCACUUAUUUGGUAAUGUUAUGUUUUGUUUUCAAUAGAGAAGUAUAAUCAUUUGUCUCACAAUACAGUCACUAUCCACCAUUCACAUCCAAUCCACAUCCAUAGUGACCAAAUUGUUAGACAAAAUUAAUGAUUAUUAACUGCCAGGAUGAUAAACUACAACUUGUUUUACAAUUAUGUUAUGUUAAGACCAGUGUAUCAGGUUGUUUGAUCUCACCGACAUUUCCCUCCAAAUCCAUGGCAGGAAUCUGUGGCUCGUGUGCCAUGAACAUUGGAGGAACAAACACAUUAGCUUGUAUAAGGUUAGUUCUAACCAUGUUUUCACUGAGUAACCACUUACUGUAAUUGUCAGGGCCUAUUACCUUUAACUCCUAAGAGUGACAAGCAUCUAAUUUCUCCUUACAAUAUCACCCUAGGAUCAAACAUUAAGGUCAUGAGAAUAAAUGAAAUGAUCACCAUCUAACGAAGCUCAACAUUGCUAACCAAAUUCUCCUUGUCAGCACCUCAGGAAAUGUGUAGAGAACAGUAUGGAAAAUAUGCAUACUGGUGUUAGGGUGUUAAGGGUGAACUUGGACUGAAAGACCUUCAGUUGGUCCCUAAAGAUGUUUAGCAUUGUAAGAGCUCGUAUAUUUACUUGUGAGAUUGAUGCAGCAUGCUACUAUUGCAACUGCUCUUUCUCUUGUGGGGAUCAUGCCUUCUCAUAAAGUAGUAAACUUGAACAAGUGAUGCAACUGUUAAAGGAGAAAAUAGCAAUCCCAAGCAUCUAUGGUCAUCUUGGAAAUGCAGAAUUAUUAUAUUUGAUUCUAGCAAUGCUAGCAAGAUUCUAAAACUAGUUAAUCAACAUUGUUCUCUCUUUUGCCAUAAACUAUUGUCAUACAUAAAUAUUAUAGAAACAAAAUCAAUCCCUUAACUUUAUGUAAUUAUUUUAUUCUCUCAGUCGCAUCAACCCAGACGUGGGAAAGAAAACCAAGAUCUAUCCACUGCCACACAUGUAUGUGGUUAAAGAUCUUGUGCCAGUAAGUUUCUUCUCCUUUUGUUUGAAGUUUUAAGUUUAAAACAAUUCUUUCAAUGAUUUGAACUCAUCCAAGGUAUUUUUAAUUAGUGCUGUCUGCAUUUACUUAGUAUUAUAUGCAUUCCUAAAUUUUUGCAUUUUCUUUGAUCAUCUGCAGAUGAGCUCCAAACAGGUAGUUAUCAAGUUUUUUUUUCUCUUGUAGGAUAUGAACAACUUCUAUGAGCAGUAUCGCUCAAUUGAACCUUACCUCCAAAAGAAGACUGAGGUGGAAUAUGGAAAAGAACAAUACUUGCAAUCGAUUGAGGACAGGAAGAAACUGGUUUGUUACCCAAUCAGAUGAAGAUUUAACUUUAAACACCCUAACACCAGCAUGUAUAUUCUCCAUACUGUUCUUCAUUGAUUUCCCAAAGUGCUGAGAAGAACUUGUAUAGCAAUCAAGAGCCUUUAAGUUUGUGAUUGUUUCUCUCAUUAUUGUGACCUUAAUGUGUGGUAUCAUGUGGUAACCUUUUCUCAUCAUACAGCCAUGAAUCUUAAUACAGGCCAACCCUGGAAACAAAUGUUAUGUGCAAGAGACCCAACUCUUAGAAUGUUUCUUUGUUCGUAUUAGGAUGGAUUGUACGAGUGUAUCCUGUGUGCAUGUUGCAGCACUUCUUGUCCCAGUUACUGGUGGAAUGGUGACAAGUACCUUGGACCUGCAGUCCUCAUGCAGGCUUACCGCUGGAUGAUUGACAGUCGGGUUAGUUUAAUAUCAAGUUAGUUUACCUGGUAAUGAACCUGGCUGUUAGUGCACAAGAAACCUUUUUGUAAUGUUGACCCUAACAUAAUUUAGAAACCAUUGUUUCUUGAACCUAUUAUAGGCAUUUCCCUAUCAUUGUUUAACCAUAAUGAAAUUCUUUUGUCAAAUGUUUCCAACUGCCUCUUGUAUUCAUGCAUCAUGAGGGACAUGGGUGUCUCUCAUGUCCAUGCAUACAUAAAAACUUAGUUGAAUGCAUUUGUAAGAUUUGAGUUUGAGAGACAAGUUGUAUUAUGUUUUGAUACUUUAGCCAUACAUAACUUCUAACAUCUGAAAUAAUCCUAGGAUGACUACACUGAAGAACGUUUGGCUAAACUGGACUCUGAUCCAUUCAAAGUAUACAGGUGUCAUACCAUCAUGAACUGUACCAAGACUUGUCCUAAGGUAACUAAUAUAUUGUUUACCGGUAAUCGUGGAUUGAAACAGUGGACCCCAACUUGAAUUUCAGACGAAAACAGGAAGAAGUUUUAGUAUUGAUCAGCAAGUUUUCAUUAACUCAUGUAUUGUGUGAUGGACUUUUAAGUUGCCCAAAUUUUAUUUACUCAGUUGUUGUUAGAUCCUUCCAGGUUUCAGAUGUGUUUGCCCUAAUAUGUAUAACAUACACGAGUUAACUUUAAUAAAAUGACUUGGGGCACUGGUUAGAUCGAGUGUCAAGACCAUUAUUGUAGCUGGAGUUGUGUAGGGGCAUGGGGUGGAAUGGAGAAAAACAACAAACAAAUAAGCAAACAAACAAGCGACUUCCUGUUGCAUCAUGCCUGGUAUGGCAAAAGGACACAAAGACAAGUGCCAUGCAGGGUGUGUAAUUUUCUUCAAAACAGACUGUUUGCACAAAUCUUGUUCUUUAAAUAACUCAGACCUGAGAGCAAGGACAAAAUUGAAACAGUACUGCAUUUUACUCUCUUGAGUUGUUAUUUUAAUUAAUCUUAUGUUCCAUUCCUAGGGAUUGAAUCCAGGAAAAGCCAUUGCUGAGAUAAAGAAAAUGUUAGCUACAUACCAGGGAAAGAAGGCUGCCACAGCUUAGGAAAGCAAUCUUUUUUUUUUCCUUCUCCACACUGAAUCAGUAUAAAACUUGACACAGUUGUACAAAAAAUCUCUCAAUGUAUUUACUAGGAAUACCUGUAAUUUGAAUUUUGCUUGCAUUUAAGCUCUCUGCUGUUACCACUUGUUUGAAAUUUUUGGCAGGCACAAAUGUCAUGAAACAGUAAGAGGAAGGAAAGAAUUGUGCUAACAAAAAGGUUUUUUUUGUCCUUGUUUCGGAAUUUAGUUUGCAUUUAUUUGUGCUCCAUGUUAGACUAUUAUGAUUAUUUUCUUAAAACAACAAGUGCUUGUGCAACAUGAAGGAACUUUUGCUAAUUUAUUUAAAGUGGAAUUAGUUUUAAUAGUACAGGAUACAAUGGUGAUAAAAUUUCUUCAAUAAAUUGUGAGGAACUUUUGUAAGGUACUUGUUUAUAAUCAACAGUUAAUUUCAAAAUAUAUCAGGGGUUACUGCUGUUAUAAACAAGAUUGCUACAAGUAAGGAUUUACUUAAUAAACCAC